CUUAUUAGAAUAUAACAGGCCAUUCAUAAAUGAUUUAUAAUAAGCAAUACGACGAAAAAUAUAAGGAAAAAAUGGUUAAUUGCAAAAAUAAAUACAAAAAUCGAGAUAUUUGAAGAAGUACUAAUGUCCAAUUAACCGAUUUUGUGCAUUUCUAGUGGAAGUUAUCAUUUUUAUCCUAUUCUAUUUUUUAUUAGAAACGUGAAAUAUAUUUUAUCCAAAAUGUCGAGUACAUCACAAAAGCAUCGUAAUUUUGUUGCAGAACCGAUGGGGGAUAAACCUGUAACAGAGUUAGCUGGAAUAGGUGAAGUUUUAGGAAAGAGGUUGAUUGCUGCAGGUUUUGAUAAGGCAUACGUUGUUUUGGGACAAUUUUUAGUAUUAAAAAAAAAUCAAGAAUUAUUUCAAGAAUGGAUGAAAGAUGUUUGUCAAGCCAAUGCUAAACAAUCAAAUGAUUGCUAUCAAUGUCUUCACGACUGGUGUGAAGAAUUCUUGUAAACUAUAUUGAAUAUAUUUUAUCACUAACUAUCUCCAAGUACAACCUUUUGUUACACUUAUUAACAAUUGUGAGAAAUAGCAGAGACUAAUAAUAUUAUUAUCUUCAUA